CAGUUGUUCUGAUUUCGGAUGUUCUACUGAGAGCGUCGCAGGCAGAGCCGGCUGGCGACGAUGAUCAUUGCAGUAUAAACUCCCCUAUUUCACAGAACUCUCAUUCCCUUUUUCGCUCCUCCAUCGCAUAUGAAACCUCUUUUGUCAAUUUUUAGCUUCACCGCACUGAAUAGUCUGACGAUGGUGUCGUCCCCUGUUCGCCAUAUUUUCCGGCUAAAUCCUCGCCGGUUCCGCAGUGUCGCAGCAGCUUUGCCGGAAAUAAUCGACCCCGAUUUUUACGACGACAAUUGCAACAAGUCGCAAGGCAAUCUAUUGGGACCGGCCCCCAUGGCUGACACGGAAGGAUCAGCUCCGAGACGAGGAGUGCAGUGGGCGUUCAUUGGAAGCCCACGCUCCAAGAGGAGCGUGUACGCCGUAGCACUCUCGAAGUUUCUAAAAAUCCCUCGCAUUUCCAUGGGGUGUCUUGUUCGUCAAGAGCUCGGCCCCAGCUCUUCUCUCUAUAAACAGAUUGCGGAUGCAGUGAAUUGUGGGGAAAUUGUUUCUGAGGACAUAAUCCUAGGGUUAUUGUCAAAAAGGCUGGAUGAUGGAUAUUCCAGAGGUGAGACUGGUUUUAUUCUGGAUGGAGUCCCUCGGUCACAAAUCCAAGCUGAGAUUCUUGACCAACUUGCUGAGAUCGAUCUAGUAGUGAAUUUCAGAUGCACUGAGAAUUUCUUGGUGAAGCACCUGGGAGAAAUUGAUUGGAAAGAAGAACUCCAAGCCUAUGCAGAGAAGUUCUCAGAGCAAGCCACUGGAAGACUAUUAUAGGAAACAGAAAAAGCUUCUCGACUUUCAAGUAGCAAGUGCACCUUGGGAGACUUGGAAGGGUCUUUUGGCUGCAUUGCAUCUGCAACACAUACCAUACAUUUAUGACGGACAUUGACAGAGAGAGCAAGUAAGUUUUCCAUAGAUCUUCUUGUACCUAUAUUCUCAUUCACUUGCUGGCUUAGCUAUAAAUACAAAACAUGAAUUGCAUGGUUAUAUGGAAAGGCAUUGUAAAUAAAUGGUAGGGAUGAAGUUUCCCAACGUCCCCUACAUCCGGGAGUAAGCGGGUUUGUAAAUACUAAAUAGAGUUGGGAGAUACUAUUCCAAAAGCACAAAAGUAAUUCUGAAUGUAUGAUUUGCCAGUGGAAUAAUAAUAUGUAAAAGGAAGGUGUAAUGUUCCUUGACAUUUUGUAUAA